AUGGUCGGCGCUGAGGGACAACAGGCUUUCAUGACGCUCCCAGGAAGCGACACUCCAAUCCCUGCGCAGGUAGACUAUUCGCAAGCGUCGAAGAAUGCCGACGAGAAGAGGCAGCGGAACGCAGUGGCAUCGACGAGACACCGGAGGAAGAAGAAGAUAAUGCAGGAAGAGAAUACCAAGCAGCUGCAGGAGCUCCGGGAUGAGAGGCGCCCACGAGACUUUUACCGAGACGAUCGAAAUCGGUUAAGGGACAUUGUGUUGCCAACGUCAGGAAUCAGCCAUCUAGCAGCUGGGCCUUCGAGUCCCGCCUCAGCGAGGAGCAGUUCUUAUGCGGAGAGGAGUCCGUUAAUAGCGGCACCUCAUGUGUCCAUGCCAUCACGAGGCUAUCCAGGCGAACCAUCUUCGGGCGAACGACCAGCACAGCGCCGCAGAACAGACGACCGUCCCGAUUUCGCCAUGCCGAUAUACAGUACCCCUGGAGGCGUACAUCCCGGUGCGUCUCCAGGAGCGUUGCCGUCGAUGCCAGCUCCAUUGUAUGGCGUUCCCUCGCGGCCGACAUCAGCGGCAUCGUCGACAGGGGGCGAGAGACUCCCCCCAUUACGAUCCGUGGAGGGCCUUCCACCCUCCACAGCUGGACCAACACACUGCGUCUCAGUACAGCCAUCCCCCUAG